UGAUUUAUUACUAAUUAUGUCAUUUUUUGAAUAUAUAUGUGAAUUAAAAAAUACUGUAAUAUGCAACAUUGUACAUUUCUGGAGUCCGUUUAAAAUUCCGACUGUAAAAGCUACAAUUAGACGGGAAAUCAUACCGUGUAUUCGCUCUGAUGGUACUCUGGGAGAGAAAAUGAUCUGUGAAGAUGAAAACGGAAAUAGGAUUGAUUGCCCUUUAUUGACCGAAGAUGAGGACUACGAUGAUCAUGAUGAUAUAUUUAAUUUUGAACAACUGCAUACUAUAAUGGCCCCUCCUUAUUAUGCUGAUCUUGGAAAGAAGGCAAAUGAUGUCUUUGGUAAAGGAUACCACUUUGGUGUGUUUAAACUUGAUCUUAAAACCAAAAGCGAAUCUGGAGUGGAGUUCAGCAGUGGUAUCACCUCCAACCAGGAGAGUGGAAAGGUGUUUGGCAGCCUUUCAUCCAAAUAUGCUGUGAAAGACUAUGGUCUAACAUUCACAGAGAAAUGGAACACAGACAACACAUUGGCCACGGAUAUCACAAUCCAGGAUAAGAUUGCUGCCGGCCUUAAAGUAACUUUGGAAGGCACAUUUGCACCACAGACAGGGAGCAAGACAGGGAAAUUGAAGUCAUCAUUUGCCAAUGAUACAGUGGCGAUAAACACCAACUUGGACUUGGAUCUCGCCGGUCCUAUUGUGGAUGUAGCCGCUGUCCUCAAGUACCAGGGUUGGCUUGCGGGUGUUCAUACACAGUUUGACUCCCAGAAGGCUAAGUUUGCUAAGAACAACUUUGCUCUUGGCUACCAGACCAACGACUUCGCCCUUCACACCAAUGUCGACAAUGGCAAGGACUUUGGUGGUUCUAUCUAUCAGAAGGUGUCCGACAAACUGGACUGUGGUGUCAGCAUGAAGUGGACCUCCGGUUCAUCAGACACACUAUUCGGCGUCGGCGCCAAGUUCGCACUUGAUCAAGAUGCGUCCCUGCAUGCCAAGAUCAACAAUAAGUCUCUCAUCGGUCUUGGCUAUCAACAAAAGUUGCGUCCAGGUGUGACUCUGACGUUAUCAGCUGCUAUUGACGGCCAGAACUUCAACGCUGGCGGACACAAGGUCGGAGUUGCUCUCGAACUGGAACCCUAAGCACUUGGAGUUUGCUGUUUAUUCUUGUAGAUACACAUACCACAUUCACUAUUAUGUAACAGGAAAGAAGCGUAUAUAGCAAAAUCAAUCGAAACUGUACCUUCAGUGUUCCCUUAUAGAGUGUAAUUUAGCGUUCGAAACUCAGUAAUAAAAUUUAUAUUCUUAAACCGCUGUCAAAUGCUGUUGUAUUUGUUUGUAUCAAGAUGGCGGACGCGUUAUCUCCUAGUAAAUAUUAGCAUACAUAAUUUAUUUUAUAAGCACGCGCCCGUUUGAACAUCGUAUAUUUUUUGCUAAUUACUUUUAUCUCUAUGACUUGAAACUCCCCAGUUAUCUUGUAAAUAAGCACCUAUGGUGUAUUGCCCUAUUGAUUGAAUGGAAAUAAAUACGAAUAGUUUGUUGCGAUCAGCAUCAAUCAUUUGUUUUAUUGUGAAGACCUUCCUGACGCUUUUCUUGUUCCUCAAAAAAUCCCAUGUCCUUCCACGUCCGCCAUGUUGUUGAGUAUGUAAUAUGACACUGGAUAGAAGUGCUAUUUUAAUUUGCUAUGUUAUAUUUAUACAUUAUAUUUAUUUUUGAUUUCCCUAAGUUAUUAAAUAUUUACAACUUA